CAUGCACGGCCUGGGUAUAUUACUGCUAUUCCACAUUGUGACAUCUCUUGGACAAAAGGUCCAUGGGAGUGACAUCAUACAUGGGGAAAAGGCACCCGAGAACUCAAUGCAGUACAUGGUCUCAGUGCAAAACAAACGGGGUCAUCAUGUGUGUGGAGGAUUUUUGGUGAGCGAGGACUUUGCGGUCACUGCUGCACACUGUGCUAAAGAGGAACCAGAGGAUGUUGUUCUGGGAACCCACAAGCUAUCAAAGAGGAACUUGAGCCCAGUGAAGAUUGAACACGUCUGCAAAUAUCCGACUUAUAAAGAUGUUGGAUUUGGUGAUGACAUCAUGCUCCUUAAAUUGUCCGGGAAAGCUUCGCUAAAUUACAUGGUGAAAACUAUUCCACUUCCAACGUCUUCCAAUGCAAACCUUAAAGAUGAUCAGAUCUGCUCUGUAGCUGGAUGGGGUCAAACUGGGACCAACCAUUUUACUGUGGAUGACCUGAGAGUGGUGAAUGUGUCGAUCUUAAAUCCACAACUCUGUCGGGAGAAAUGGGGGGCUGGAUUUCCUUCCAAUGUGAUCUGUGCUGGUGGAUACAACACAGACAAAGGAUUUUGUCAGGGUGAUUCCGGUGGUCCUCUGGUGUGCGACGGGGUAGCUGUUGGUGUUGUGUCAUUCAACAAUGGUAAAAACUGCGACUACCCAGAUGUACCCAACGUCUACACAGACAUAUCCAAAUAUCUUGAAUGGAUCAACAGCAUUAUCAAAACAAAUAAAUGUGUGUAGUAAACUUGUUACAUAAGGUUUUCCUGCUCAGGAAGUUGUUCAUCUCAUUUCAGUGCUUGUGUCAGAUGGUGGCAGAACUGUGAAAUAAAGCUAAAGGCAUAAUCUUUAUGAAAAAAUAUGCCAUCAAUAUAUGAAUUCAAUUAAAUAUAUCAAACACAAAAACAUACCUUUUGUGAUCUUUUGUAAACAAGAAUUAAACCUUGUUGCACAUUAAUUUAAUCUUACAAAUGCAUUCGAAUGGGUUGGAGGCAUUAAGUAUUUUCCAGUUUAUAGCACAAGCAACUAACUUCGUUUCCUUUGUUUGAU